AAUGAUUUGUCAAAGUGUGAGGAGCUGCAUCAGAUUGCAAAGGAUUCCAAGGAAAAAGUUCAGCAAAUGCAGCGUGACUGUUUGGUUAAGAUUGAUGAAACCUGUGCUGCUUUAACAGAGAAACACAAAGCAGAGGUAGGUCUGGUCAAAUUUUUUUUGCAAUAUUAUUUUUAAUUUGUUCAAUUGUUCCCAAGAGUAAAAGGGCUGAGUGGGUGAUCUGAUGAGGCAAAUAGUCAUUAAUCAUAGGUUCGAUCGUUCAGCUGAAAAAAAAGGCUUAACAGUGUAGAAAGACUCAAAGAAAACCAUUUGCCGUGCCAGAAAUUGCUUGGGUUACGAUCAUGACUGAUACUGGAAUGUUCCAUCAUCUUUGCAAUGGUUUGUCAUUUUUAUUCCCUUAACCUCACGAGGUCAACUUUCGAACAAGUGACCAAAAUUCAAAAGGAAUGGAAAUAAAACAAAACACAGUUUUACUGGUUCAUAAAAUAUAAACUUUGUUCCCUUGUUUGAAAAAAUUUAAGAUCUACAAUCAAUUUAAUGCCACCCUUUGCCAUUUUAAGGAAAUAAUUUUCUACUAUAGACUUCGUACAUUUGAGAAAUUUAUCCUGGGGUGACUCAACUGAGUAAUCUUUACUCAGUAGUGAGUAAAGUUUACCACAAACUGAGAAAAAGCCUACCAAUCAGUCAGGCGACUCUCUUAGUUGUUUUACAAUUUUUUUUCUGAAAUGUGGCGUGCUAUAUUAUGAUCUUGAUGUAGCAAAAGUCACUUGUACAUGUAGUUUUCUACUUCUAUGCGAACCAAAGUUUACAAAUUAAAAGCUGCUUCUAAAGUGAGCCACAUACAAUACAUCAAAUACAUUUAGUUCUACUCUUACAAUAACAUGGAGUUUUUUAAGCUACGUGUACACUUAGUUUAUUCGAGUCUUACAACAAAAUGAGUGUUAAAGAAUAAUGAGAUUUAGGUGGUUCUUUGGAUGAAUUAUCUUUACCCUUCUACUUUUAGAUAUAGUUUGACAUCUUUGACUUGUUAAAAUAGCUGAAAUUUCUACUGUCCCCUUUGCAUUAACCUGUGGGUAAAGUUUUCAAAAUAGCUUUCUCAGUGCAAACACCACACUUAGUGAUCUUGUUUUGCUGUUGUGGAAUACUGUGUUACCACAUCAACAUUAGAGCUGAUUUAGAAACAAGAGUGAUCGGACUGUGAGGAAUAUCCAUUUUUUUUCUUUUAAUUACAAAGUAAAAGUCAGCAGUCUGAUGAAAAAAUCAAUUUUUCUUCCUUGUAGAUCAUGAGAGUUGUGUCUGAAAAACUUGAAGCUGAAAACAGCUGGGUACUGGAAAAACAGCAGGUACUGUAUGCUGUAUGUCAUAAUAUUGGGAGCUUUGGCAACAGCGUUUUUGAGCGACGGACGUCAACCGGUAGUUGACUUUUUGCAUCAUUGAGUAGUGGUUUAGUUGAAACUCUCGGGUAAAUCAUCUUUAUAAGAGAAAAGAAAGUUAACAAUACAAAUUUGUUAGUACCAAGGCAUGUAAAAGGGGAGAAGGCCUCAUUUCCAGUUGACGUGCAACUCUCCGGGCGGGGGGUGGGCUCUGCAUUUGAAAAGGGGUGGGGAUGCUCAUCGGAAAUUUGGCAUUAAACCCCAAAAUGAGACCGAUCUGGGCGUGGCCCAAGCUUUUUUUGACCCCUAAAAGAGAACAAUCAUGUUAAAACACAAACAAAUGAGAAAACUUGGAUUAUAUGAAUUGAGUAAAUAAAACGCAUUAAAAAUAUACAUAUCAAAUACAUAUUUUAAUAUUUUUUCUCUUGCAACCUUAAAUGAGACCUUCGCGGCUAAAUAUGAUGGCGUUUUGCCCAGAACACCCUAAGUGAGACCAAAAUCCGAAAUUUACACCCCUAAGCGAGACGACCAGCAUCCCCACCCCUUUUAUAUGCGGAGUUCCCCCCCCCCCCGGGGGGCGUCACUCAGUAGUUUAAACGUCUUUGCUCAAGCUCUCUAAUGCCGUAAUAACUGCAGGGUUCGCACGCACCUUGAAUGUCCUUGAAUUUCAAAAUAAAGAGCUUAAGCAACGAAGUGUUUGAGCGACGCACGUAAAAUGCUUCACUUCCGGUAGACGUGUACUGCCCAGAAACGUCUUUGCUUAAGCUCCCUAAUAAAAAUUCAAGGCCUUGAAAGUCCUUGAAAAUUGCAGUCAGUGCUGGAAAGUCCUUAAAUUUCGGUGCUAACUUUAUCCAACCCAGCAAACACAGAAAGACCUUCAGGAUAAAAUUGCUCAUGCAUGUUCUGGAAGAACUGAAGAAGACAUAGAUUCAAGGCUCUUCUUUGCACUGAAUGGAGUCCUUGAAAAAUGGGAAAGGUGUCCUUGAAAGUCCUUGAAAAGUCCUUGAUUUUUUUGGUCAAAAAAGGGUACGAACCUUGUGACUGAUUCGCCCAAUGCAAGGGAAUCCAGAUUCCAGUAUCCGGGAAAUUUUUGGUUGUGGAAACUGAAAUCCCUGAAAUCCGGGGAAAUUUUGCUUGUUAGUAUAGAUAAUAGCUAUAGCAUGAAUUGUAGUGAUAUUUGGCAUAAAUACCACUGGUGAUAUUUCGAAAUUGUUAUACGUAAUUUCACGAGCCUUUAGGCGAGUGAAAUUUGAGACAAUUUUGGAAUAUCACGAGUGGUAUUUAUGCUAAAUAUCACGUACAAAUCAUGCUAUUAUUUGUUUAUACUACCACCCGCAAAAGGUUUGUAAUUUUCACAUGUAGGUAUUUCAAAUUAAGCUGAAAUACCACUACUCUAGGCCAAUCAAAUUGCAGAAAUUUCUCAUGUAGUAGUAUAAACUCUGGAAUCCUGGGCUUUUGAAUCCAAAAUACAGCUCAAGGAAACUCGAAUCCCACUAAGCGUAGAAUCCAGAAUUCAAGUUCCACACUGACAAAGACUGGAAUCCGGUACCUGGAAUCCGGAAUCCAUGGCGGGGAAUCCAGAAUCCAAGACUGUGUUAGAUUCCCUUAGCCUGAAUUUCAUCCGACUGCUUCGAGUCGUUUUCUCCUCUCAGCAACGACGUUACUGAGGGAGUAAUAACGACUCGAAGUAAUCGGAUGAAAUUCAGGCUACGAUUCCCUUAAAUGGGGCGAUACUGAUUGCCCACUCUUUUGAUCUUGUCUGUCAUGCCCUUCACAUAGAGAAUGCUGGAUGUCUGUUUUGUUAAUAGAUUAUGGAGAGGAAUUCAGCUCUUGAGAAGGAGAACAAACUACUAAAGGAACAACUAGAAUCUUUGAAGGCAACUGGAGAUGAUGUCAUGGUAAGUAAUCUUGUGGAAAUUGCUUUUCUAUGAAGAAAUGGUCCAGAUAAGAAGGAAAGUUCAAAUGCAAUGAAUACGUCGGAAUGUAAAAAGGUGGUAACUUUGACACUUCUGGUUGGUUUAAACAUCAGAUUUUAAGCAAUCCUCGCAAAGCCGCUUUCUAUCUCGUGAACUGCCUUUUCGUAAGUUUAUGUAUUCUUUGUGUGAAAAUGAAAACAUUCCUAAUUGACGAAAGCGUAUUGCGCCAUAACAAAUUGCUUUCCAUCUUUAAUACCCGGAUCACUACUUAAAGCAACAACCCGUAUGUGUAAUUGUCUGGUAAAUGUUGCUUGACGCAACCUCGAAACAGGAAAACACAUAGAUAAGCGUUCUACCCCUGAAAAAAAGAAGGAGUGAGUCGGGAGACUUGCGAACCAUUCUGAUACCUAAUUUGUUGUUUGACUAAAGAACUCUGAGAACAUUUGUGUCCAGAUAGUUUAAUUUCGUAAGAGGCCUGUAACGCUCUAGAAGAGAGAUUUCGCUAAAAAUUCUUUUACGAAUAGUUUUUAACCCAAGUUCAGAGGCGGGGGAUAUAUGUGGGUCUCGCUCCCACUUCCAAAUAUGCCCAUGCUCGGAUACGAUUUCUUUUUUUUUUUUUUGGCUUCUUUUUUCGUUACAGUUCAACAGGAAAGAAUACACUGGUUCUGCUUGUGUGUUCUCGCUAAGUUAUCUAUUAAAGUGGUUUUUAGAAAACGAUCUUGAUACUCUGUGGAUGCAUUGUGAAAAGAUAAGGACUAUAUUUACUAUGUGGGUAAUUUUUUUUGCGUUGUGAUCAAAGUGGCAGAGUAUUCUGCAGAUGAGUCACUCUAGCGCGUUCAAGUAAGCUGACUAGCCUCUUGAACUCUUGAUUUUAUAAUUUUUAUGCCUUUUCUAUUCAUUUUUCAGAAAUUAAGCUCGUCUCUCCAGGAGGCAAGAGAAGCUAUUGAGUCGUUAUCCCAAAACAAUAAACAGCUAAAAGAGGAGAGAAAAGUCCUUGAAAAAAGCGUUCGAGAUCAUAGUAUGGAAAAUGAAAGAUUGUCAUCAGAAGUCGACAGGUUAACAUCUAGGAUAGCAGUUCUGGAGAUGCAGUCCAAACUAGCGAGAGACGCAAGAGCUGAGGAAAAAGAUCAUUCUGCGGAAAUAACAAAGUUUAAAGAACUUGUCGAGGAGCUUGAAGGGAAAAAUGGGAGUCUUUCAGAAGAGAUCGAAAAACUCGACAAAGAAAACAAAGUUUUGGAGUUUAAUCUUCAAGAUUCUGCCCAGGCAUUGAAGAGCAUGUUCAAGGAAAGGGACUUGCUUAAAAACAGAAUCACUGGGCUUCUCAAUGAAAUAGCAGCUCUUAAAUCUCAGGCACCAGAGAAACACACGUUUGUAGAUUUUGUUCAUCUCAAGCGGGAUUAUAAUGCGUUAAAGGAAGAACACGAGAAACUCUUGAAGCGAAGAAGCUCUAAAACAAACGCGUUACCCACAUUGAAAAGUGACAGUUCUGUAGCGAGGGUAUCUAGUGGGGGUACUGUGAGAAGUGGAGCAGGAGGGGUGGGUACUUUUUGGUAG